UUUUUUGGGGGGGGGCGGCGGGGGCGGUGUUGGCUCCCGGGGGGGCAGCGGCGGCCGGCGGGGAGUUGCGCGAGCGGCUGAAAGUUGCGGCGGAUCGCGGGGCCGCGGCGCGAUGGGGCACGACCGCUGGAAAGCCAUGGGAGGAGCGGCGCAGCUGGAGGACGCGCAGCAGGAGAAGGCGCAGAGGAUGAGCUGCGGGUACGUGCUGUGCACCGUGCUGCUCUCGGUGGCCGUCCUCCUGGCCGUGACGGUCACGGGCGCCAUCCUCUUCAUGAACCACUACCACACGCCUGUCACGGAGUCGCCGCCCGUCAUCAGCACCAACCCCGAGGAGGCCAACGCGCUGGUCACCAUCGAGAAGGCCGACAGCUCCCGCAUCAACAUCUUCAUCGACCCCAACUGCCCCGACCAGGCGGGCAGCUUCACGCGCCUCGAGGGCCUCCAGUCGUCGGUGCUGCGGGCCGUGAGCGAGCACGACGCCCAGGCCAAGGCCGCCAAAGGGCAGCAGAGGGCUCUGCUGGCCACCGUGGCCGACGAGGUGGCCAAGCUGCUGGCGCACGCCGCCCAGCUGCGCGCCGACUGCGACGGCCUCAAGAAGGGGCACAGCGCCGUGGGGCAGGAGCUCAGCGCCCUGCAGAGCGAGCAGGGCAGGCUCAUCCAGCUGCUCUCGGAGAGCCAGACCACCAUGGCCCGGCUGGUGAGCUCCGUCAGCGACGUCCUGGACACGCUGCAGCGCGAGCGCGGCUCGGCCCGGCCCCGGCUCAAGGCCGACCUGCAGCGAGCGCCGGCCCGGGGUGCACGGCCCCGCGGCUGCUCCAACGGCUCCCGGCCCCGGGACUGCUUCGACGUCUUCGCCGGCGGGCAGCAGGAGGACGGGAUUUACUCCAUCUUCCCCACGCACUACCCCGCGGGCUUCCAGGUCUACUGCGACAUGAGCACCGACGGCGGCGGCUGGACGGUGUUCCAGCGGCGCGAGGACGGCUCGGUGAACUUCUUCCGCGGCUGGGAGGCCUACCGGGACGGCUUCGGCAAGCUCACCGGCGAGCACUGGCUAGGGCUGCAGCGGCUCCACGUGCUCACGGUGCAGGCCAGCUACGAGCUCCGCGUCGACCUGGAGGACUUCGACAACGGCACGGCCUUCGCCCGCUACGGCAGCUUCGGCGUGGGGCUCUUCUCCGUCGACGCCGAGGAGGACGGGUACCCCGUCUCCGUCGCGGACUACUCGGGCACGGCAGGAGACUCCUUCCUCAAGCACAACGGGAUGAAGUUCACCACCAAAGACCUGGACAACGACCACUCGGAGAACAACUGCGCCGCCUUCUACCACGGCGCCUGGUGGUACCGCAACUGCCACACGUCCAACCUCAACGGGCAGUACCUCAAGGGCCACCACAGCUCCUACGCCGACGGCAUCGAGUGGUCCUCCUGGACCGGCUGGCAGUACUCCCUCAAGUUCACCGAGAUGAAGAUCCGGCCCGUCAGGGAGGACAACUAGCCGGACGGCACGAGCCCCCCCCGCCCGCCCCCCUGCCUGCCCCGUUGCCCCCAGCCCCGGCCCCAUCCCGCGCCGCCGGGCUGAUGUCUUCCUCCGGGGCCGGCUGCCGGCAUCCCGCCGGGACAGCGCUCGCCUCCUCUCCCCCGCGGGAUCCCUGCGGCUGGGAAGAGACAACCUGCAACGUCUCCCUGCCCCGUGUCCUCGGGCCCGGCAGCCAGGGCCGAAGCUGCGAGCGGGCAGGAGGGACUCGUCCCCCCCAUCUCGCAGCCGAAAGGAGGGGGACCGUGGGGCAAACGGCCCGGCUGCCGGCACGCGCGGGGCCUUUCACAGCUCCCUCCCACCCCACAGACCCGCUCGACUUCAGCCACGGGACAGCCACGACCUUCCUCGAAACCCUCGGCUUCCUCAGCGGGCGAGCACGGGAGAGCACAGCUGCUCCGGCUCUCCUCCGUCCGCGAUGAGCCGCACUCUGGCUCUGCACCCGAGGAUGCUCCAAGCCUUUCGUUGCUCUAAAUCCCAUCAGGGUUUUGCAAAACGGGGCUCCGCGUCGGCAGGGCGCCGGUGACCGGGCUGCAGCCUGCGCCCGCCGGGGGAGCUGCCGAGGGGCUCCCGGAGCCCGCGGCCCCUUGGGGUCCCGGGGGGCGGCAGGGCAGGCGCAAAGCAGCUCCCCGUGCACCCUCACGCCGGAGCAUCCCAGCGAGCACUUCCACCUGGAGACCGGGAAAAGCAGGGAGCAGAGCAAGGCACGGGGGGGAGCGGAGACCCGGGCACCCUGCACGGCAUUCCCUGCCGGCGCGGGAGCGGGGGGCAGCAGCAGGGCCCCACACUGGGUGCUGCAGGGCUCUGCCUCGGCGCCCGGGGAGCACGCGGGGGGGAGAGCAGCAAAGAGAGAUCCAAGGCUCAUGGGCCUGCCAGUGGCAGAUUUAGGCUUCCCUGGGCGCUUCUCCCUUUUUUUAAGCCUUCCCCGCCUAAGAGCACGUGCUGGAAGAGCGAGUGCCCUCGGGAGAGCCCCCCUGCCUGCCGGCAGCCCCCUCCCCUCCGCCAGGCAGCGGGGACCAGCCCCGUGCACCGGGGAUGGCCGCAGCUUCGCCCUGUGCCGGGCGCUUCCCACGGCCCCUGCGCAGGGCACGCCGCCACCGCGUCCGGCCCACGGUUUCCUUUUUUCUUUUUUAAUCUCUUCCAGCGGGUUCGGUGUAACUAGGUUUCGUAGCGUUUGCCCCCGGGCCGAGGAGCUCGGGGCCGGCUGGUCCCCCCGCGGGCGCGCUGGGGCCGGGGGCUGCGCGUGCAGCCAUGCUUCCCCGGGAGCCCUGGGGAGUUUGUUUCGACUUGCACGAGAGCUGUUUAACGCCGUCCGCAACGCCGGAUCCUCGCGGAUUCGCUCCCGGAGCGCACGUGCCGCCCCGCAGCCCCGGAUCAGGCCGAAACCCGCCCGCGGUGCCGCCUCCCCGACGAGGUGCAGGGUCGUCCGGGCAGUGCCGGCGAGCGGAGCUGCGGGCACCGGCGGGCCGGCCGCCCCCGGCCCCUCGCCCCGAUGCCAAGCUGCCGCGCCGCGGUUCCCGGGGUCGUCCCUACCCGGCCGGGUGCUGCCGGGACGUCGCGGUGCUGCCGGGUCUCGGCCGGGUCGUGUUGUUUAGCAGUACGGUGAAGUCUAGCUCGUGUGUGCUUGGUGUCCGACGCUGUACAUGUGGACUUUCUCUGCUCCUCAAUAAAGGGAACUCAUCGUUA